CUCUGACCACACAGCACGACGUGACGUGCUGCGGACUGUCAACAGGUUUUAAAACAACAACAACAACAACAACAACAACAACAGCUGACACGUCCUCCAGAACAGAACCGAGCCCCUGGGGAGAGUGGAGGACGACGAGCGACAGGUCGGUCGGUCGGUCGGUCGGUUGUUCACAGACUCGUGCGAACGAACUGCGACUUCACAGCCCGGAAGUGAGUGAAGUGAGUCGAGUGUGAGGUGGAGCCAGAGACGCGGAGAGGGAGUGAAAGUGAAACUCGUGGGGGCAGCGGAGUUGGACGAGUGAAGCUGAAGUUCAACACUGAGGAGACGAGGCAGAACGUUUAGAGAGUAGCUGAACAAGUGGAGCGACCUGCUCCGUCUCCAGGCCGCGGCACCAUGACGUCAACAAGCCACAUAUACUUCAUCAUAACUGAAAAACCAGAAUUUUCUGGACACAUCAGUGCAGGCUGCAUAUGUUACAUCUCCGAGUACAAGCACAGGAGACACGGCUCUUCCUCUCAGUCGUUGAGCGUCAUCCCCUUCAGUUCACAGUCAGGCUUAGAUUACCCGAUAGACUUGCGUUGCAUGACGGAGCUGAGUGCGGCGUGGGCCGAGCUGCUGCUGGCGCUGCCCGAGGACGCGGAGCGGCUGCGAUGGUUCCGAGAGGGCGCUGUUCUGCAGGCGGCACUCGAACUCAAGGUGGGCACUGUGGUCGUGGUGCAGGAGGGAGAAGAGGAGCGGAGGGGCGUCAUCCGCUACAUUGGAAGACUCGAAAAGCCAAAGUAUCCACAUCCUCCACUAUCGGCAGUGUUCUUUGGGAUUCAGCUGCAGGGGGCAGACCGGGGGAAGGGGCCGACCAACCUGCAUGACAUCUCCCACUCCUGUGCAAAAGACUGCAGCAUUUUUGCCCCGUUCUCCAGAGUCCGGCCUUUGGUUCCCAGCUCCUUGUCGCCGCCCGCCGUCCCAGAUCCGCCCCAGUCGCUGCAGACGGAGGAGCUGGCCGUCGGCGACAGGGUCACUUACUUCCUCGGUGAUAUACUUGGCCACGGGAUGGUUCUGGAAAAGGACGGAACAUCUUACGUUCGGAUCUCCACAGACACGGAUGAGAACGGGAAGACGGGAGGCGAAGUGAAAGUUCCACUGGAGUGCGUCGUGAAGGGAGAGGUGCCCACAGAGCCGGAGAGGAUGGACGCUGAUACGCCGCAGGCUGAAUUGAACACAGAAGAUCUGUACUUGGAUCUGAGUUUGAACUCGAUGGUAGAGUUCACGCUGGCUACUGGCAACUCGUACGGAAUCAUCCGCUGGAUCGGCACGCUCCCUGACAGAGAGCAAAUCAUGGCCGGACUGGAGCUGGAGGAGGAGCGCGGCGUGAGCGACGGCACCUUCAAGAGCGAGCGGUUCUUCAGCUGUCCCCCAAAGAGAGCUCUGUUCCUGAGGCUGAGCUCCUGUCGGCCCGACUCGCGCUUCCAGAGCGAGUCGGCCAAUCACGGUGGGAAGAUGCCAGAGCAGCAGGAAGACGCUGGAGUGACGGAUCACGGCACGCUGGAGACUGUUCCUCCAAUCGGCACGGAGCAGGUGAGCCAGAUUCUGACUGGACGGAUGAAGGGGAUCCAGGGCCACUGCAACUCCUGCUACAUGGACGCUGCCCUCUUCAGUUUGUUUUCCUGCUCCUCCGUGCUCGACUCCAUGUUGUUCAAAUCGACGGCGCCUCAGGACGCCCCGAUCCAGAAGACGCUGCUCCGCGACAUCGUCAACCCUCUCCGCAGUAAGGGCUUCGUGGAGGGGCGGCACAUCAUGAAGCUCCGGCAGCAGCUGCAGAAACACGGCUACAGUCACUCGUUCACCACGGACGAGAAGGACCCGGAGGAGUUCCUCAUCGUCAUCAUGCACCAUAUUCUGGCCCUGGAGCCUUUACUCAAACUCUCGGCCGGCGGUGAAGUGCAGGAGAGUUACUGUUAUCAGAUCUUCCUGGACCAGAACCACAGCCUGGUGCUGCCCACAGUCCAGCAGCUGCUGGAACAUUCCUUCCACACGGCGGGACUCAAACUGGCGGAGGUUCCCUCGUGCCUCAUCCUACAGAUGCCGCGCUUCGGAAAGAAAUUCAAGAUGUUCGACAAAAUCAUUCCCUCUCUGGAGCUGGACAUCACUGAGCUCCUCUCUGAAGGUCCUCUGCAGUGCAUUCUGUGUGGAGACAUGGCCGAGCAGCAGUGCACCGACUGUUUCAAAGAUCCCGUUUUCAGCCUGACGGGAUUCAAAGUCUUCUGUGGGACGUGCUCCUCUCAGGUGCACUCUCACCCGCAGCGGGGCUCCCAUCGGCCGGCCGCCCUGGACAUCCCCACGGUCUUCCUGGGUUGCGGCGCUCCCCACACUCUGACCAGAGACAAGCUGGAGCUGUUCGCCGUGCUCUGCAUCGAGACGAGCCACUACGUGUCCUUCAUCAAGCACGGGCCGAGCGCCGAGGACUGGAUCUUCUUCGACAGCAUGGCGGACCGACAAGGAGAAAGCGACGGCUACAACAUCCCCGAGGUGCGCAGCUGCCCCGAGCUGGGCGCCUACCUGGAAAUGUCCCCGGCCGAGCUCGCCGCUCAGGUGCCCCGGGACAUGAAGGGCGUGGCCAAGCGUCUGUACUGCGACGCCUACAUGUACCUGUACCAGAGCAGCAGCAUGUGCCUCUAUCGCUGAGGGCGGCGGGAAAAAACCUCCGGUUCUCUCGUCACACGACUUUGCUCUUUGUGUAAUUUUCUUCUCUCUUUUUUUUACGUGAUUAUUAUUGAAUGAAUGUGUGAAAUAUCACAUGUCGACAUUUUCAUGCUUCUGGAUUAUAAGAUUUAUAAUUAAUCUUAAUUUAUUAAUUUUAUUUUUGUUUUUUUUCCCUCUGUAGAUAAAAAACCAACCAAGUGACCCCCCCCAAAAAAAAUUUGCGCUAGAAUCUUAAGUCAAGAAUACUGACAAUCACAGUGUUUGUGGGCGAAGAUCAACGACGCCUUACACUGAAACAUCAGGAUUUAUAAUUCUAUUUACAAAUGUUUUAUAGAAAGUGUGAAUGAAAAAAAAUGAAUGCUUAUGAUUUCAGUUUUGGCAUCUGAUAUUGUAAAUACACGGGCUUGUUCAACAUUGGACCUUAAUGAGAGUUUACGAUCGUGGCAAGUUAAUACUGCACGACAGUAAAAUGAAAUUGUUUUCUAUUUUCUUGAAUGUCGAAUAUUCCGACAUUUGAGUUUCGGCCUCAGGAAGUGAGAUGAAGAUGCAGUUCUGCGUCCGUCGGCCUCCCGACUGACGGAAUAACUGCCCUCAGACGAACGUGUGGCCGUUGAUACCGUUUAUUGUGACUGGGUGUGAUAUACUGUACUAUGAGUAUAAUGAAUAAACGGAAAUGAUAAAACAUUA